GAAGACGGACAUGACCUCGCUACCGUAUGCUGACGUGGAUUCCCAUCUGAAAGCAAUGGCCGGCCGGGCCGAGGGGUUCGGCCGGUUCGCUAUCGGAGGCCUACACGGCCCGGUUUAUUUCGUCACCACAUUGGCAGAUGAUGGUCCAGGCUCACUUCGUGAAGGAUGCCGGAAACAAGAACCACUUUGGAUUGUCUUUGAGGUUUCAGGCACCAUUAUUCUCUCUUCUUACUUAAGUGUGUCAUCUUACAAGACAAUUGAUGGCCGAGGGCAGAGAGUAAAGCUCACAGGCAAGGGCCUUAGACUGAAGGAAUGUGAACACAUAAUCAUAUGCAACCUUGAGUUUGAAGGUGGUAGAGGACAUGAUGUUGAUGGCAUUCAGAUAAAACCAAAUUCCAGGCAUAUAUGGAUUGACCGAUGCAGCCUUCGUGAUUAUGAUGAUGGACUCAUAGAUAUCACCCGACAAAGUACAGACAUAACUAUUUCUAGAUGUUACUUCCAUCAACAUGACAAGACGAUGCUUAUUGGAGCGGACCCUUCACAUGUUGGUGACAGAUGCAUUCGGGUCACUAUUCAUCAUUGUUUUUUUGAUGGGACAAGGCAAAGGCAACCUCGUGUUAGAUUUGGGAAAGUUCAUCUUUACAACAAUUACACUCGUAACUGGGGUAUAUAUGCUGUUUGUGCCAGCGUAGAAUCCCAGAUAUACUCUCAAUGCAACAUAUAUGAAGCAGGAACGAAGAAGAAGACGUUUGAAUAUUAUACAGAAAAGGCUGCAGACAGAGAAGUGGCGAAAUCUGGCCUCAUAAGAUCUGAGGGGGACGUAUUCCUGAAUGGAGCCCAACCAUGCACAUUAACAGGGUUCAGUGAAGAAUGCAUGUUCCAUCCAAGUGAAUUUUAUCCACUUUGGACUAUGGAAGCAGCCUCAGAUUCUCUUAAAGGUGUUCUCCACAUUCUUACGGGUUGGCAAUCCAUUCAUAGGCCACCAGUAGAGCAGCUGAGAGGGAGGCAGCUCCUCGGAGGUAAUGAUGAAGAUGCUGUAGAACUGACUGAGGUAGAAGUCCCGUGGAACAAAUCGGACAAGUAAUUGCUCAAGUCAUCAGGAGAAAAUCUCACAAGCAACUCCAAAUUUUUCUCCUCAGUCAGCAUCACCAAGUAUGUGUCGUAAAAUUCUUGAUAUGUUGGCACUAGUUUCUGCGCUAUGGACACCUUCAAGUCAUCCCUCAACUUCACAUCCUCUACGAUCCAGGAUGUUUGUUUCCUAUAUGCCUCUUCGAAAGCUAUGUUGAACCUUCUAAAACACUCCUUUGCCAUUUCAGAAGACAUUUCGAAUGGCUUCUCUGGAAAUGAUGAUAAGACCUUUGUCCAGGCUGUGGUCUCGUAGUUUGAAGCAUAUAGUUUAACCUUCUUCGUGUGUUCAGCUACCCAGUCUUCACCGAGGAGGAGUUUCAGGUUGGGUGAAUGGUGCACCUUCUCAACAAUGAAGUGAAGAUUGUUGGCAAGGAAGAGAUAUGCCAAACCCACAUCUUUGUAAAUCUCAGCUUUAAUGUCAAGUUUGCACAAAAGAACUAAAAUGAGCCAAGCUAGGUGUACUGACACUGCUGGUGUUGAACCUUCAUCUGACAUUGGGCUCUUGAAGGAGGUUUCGUGAAAUGAGGAGUUUGCUGGUGGUGGAUAAUCAGUAAGAAUAUCACUGAGAAUUAUACCGUAGUCUGCUAGUGAAGUUACAUAGUUCAUCACUUUUUGAGUAAGUGGGUAUAUCCCGCCCCCGGGGACUAGAACUUUUGUAGAGUCCUUUUGAAUUGUUGAUUCAAAAUCAGAAAGAAGAGAACGGACAGAAUCUCCAAGUUUGAGCAAUAAUGAAAGAGCUUGAAGUUUGAUAGCUGAGGUUGAUUCAGAGCUGAAUACUGAUUCAGUCUCCGGCCACAGAUCAGAGAUUGCUUCGUGGAGUUCCAUUAGCCCGAAAAUUCUUUCUGGAACUUUCUUGUUCUUCACAAUGAGUUCAGGAAAACUGAAUAGGGUUGUUGCUCCCUCUUUGGUUAUCUGAUAGAAGCAUGACUCUUUGAUGGUCUCAGAUGCUGAAAACACAUGAUCACAGAGAAUUUUCUCUCCUUGAAAAAGUGUCUUCACAGCAAUCUUUGCAGCCUUCAUCCAGUUGUUGAUUUCAUUUUCGAGUGCUUCAGAAUCCAUCUUAUGAAUCUGAGAAGACUUGAACCGCCGGAUUCCAAGGUGAUAUAGUCCCUCGUCGAUCAUUGACUUUCGGAUAACCUUGUAUAUCUUUGCACACUCUUUACCAUAGCCAGAACUGAUCAUACAAUCAGCUAUUGACUUCAGAUCUGACAUGGCAAGUACUGAGACUCUCUCAACCUCUGUAAUUGACUCGCCAGCAAUAUCCAGCUCAUCUUCUGAUCUGGCCUCACCCUCUUCUUCAUCAUCAAAUUUACAUGUCCUGCUUGAGGAUCGACUUGAAACUGAUUCGGGGUCAAGCUGAUCACGGCUUGUCGACAAUAUCUGGUAAAACUCUUUCUCAAGCCUUUUCAUCGCUACUUGCAUUAGAUUUUGAGCAAGCACAAGCUUGCUGGAUGGAAGCCUUUCGCCAAGUAGAGCAUGCAUAGCACUACGCAAGUAUUUGAUGGCUUUGAGGAACUCUUUGGCUUCUUUCCUGCUUUGCUGGAAGACAAAGGUGAGCUUGGUGUACGAGGAGGAACUUGGAUCCCAUUUGGUGAUGAUGGCCUCAGCAUUUUCAAUGUUUUCUUCCAUCAUCGACAAGGAGAAGGUGCGGCUAGGGGUGGUACCAGCAAAAGAGCUUGAAAGUGAAUAGUGAGAAAAAGAGAGGUUUUUGUUGGAUGACAAGAAGAAGAGGCUGGACAUUCCUCUUCUUGGCGGUGGUGGGAGUGCAGUAGUACCACACUUCGCAGUCUCUGAGACUAGCAUUAUCGACUAUGAAGUGCGAAGCUCGGAAAACGAGGUUGGGGAAGAAAUGCUUUAUUGAGAGGAGUGCUUACUUGUUAUGGUUCUGGUCCUUGUUUUUGGUUUUGAAGAGGUUUUUAUAGAAAAUAACUGUCAGUUCUCAAUUGAGGAAGGUGGAUUUGAUUUGUUCCUUAGAAUUGACUUGUCCAUUUUGUAUAUAAUGCUUUUAUAAAUAAAUUAGUUAAGACUAAGAAUUAUUCUU